AUGGCAGUGAUAGAGAAGAUAAGAUUAGGAUUAACUCUACUAGGGUUUAUAAUCCUAGCCUAUACCUAUAUAGCAGCAGGGUUUAUCAUCUCCGCAUUGAUGUUAUGUUCCUGUGUAAUAUGGCCGAUAAAUAAGACUAUUUAUAGAAUUAUAAAUGUACAUCUUGGUUGGUGUUAUUGGUCUUUUUACACGUUUCUAGGAAGUUGGUGGUCUAAUUCUGAAUGUUAUGUGUAUACUGAUAUGGCAGAUUUCAAACAUUUUGGUAAAGAGAAUUGUAUAUGUAUUCAAAAUCAUCGAUAUGAGAUAGAUUGGUUGAUGACAUCAAUUGUGGCAGAGAAUUUCCAGAUGCUUGGGAAUCAUAAAGUUUACUCCAAGAAUUCUCAUAAAUAUGUUCCGUUAGUGGGCUGGACGUGGUAUUUCUCGGAGUCCAUCUUUUUAAAACGAAACUGGCAGGAAGAUAAGUCUAUUUUAAAAACAGGAUUAAAAAAUUUAACGGAAUAUCCUGAUAAUUAUCCUGUGUAUAUGUACCCAGAAGGUACAAGGUUUACAGAAGAGAAAUAUCAGUCUAGUUUAGAAGUUUCUAGAUCUCGAGGCUAUCCUGAUAUGAAACAUCAUCUUCUACCUAGACCUAAAGGUUUUACUGCCUUUGUACGAGAUAUGAAGGGAAAAUUUGCAGCUGUAUAUGAUAGUGAAAUAGUAUUUGAGAAACAUCCUAAGCCAUCCAUAUCCACCAUUGCUCAACGUAUACCUGUCAUAGCCCAUUUGUCUUUCAAAAGAUAUAAACUAGAAGAUAUUCCAUGUAAAACUGAUGAAGAAUGUGCUGAAUGGUUGAGAAAUCUUUAUCUUGAUAAGGAUAAGACGUUUGAUGAGUUUAUUAACAAUGAAAAGUUGAAAGGAACUCCGUAUAAAAUACCCAAGAGUUCUCGAGGAUUAUUGAAUGUAUUUUUCUGGUGUUUUCUGACAUGUUAUCCGUUGUUUAACUAUCUAUGUAAUGUUAUUGUCGCUGGUACGUCAACUCAGAGAAUUAUAGUAUCUGUAGCUUUCUUAUUUGUGGUGGUUAUAUUACGAUGGAUUAUAUCUGUAACAGAAAUACAAGAUGGAGGUCAAACUACACCCAAAUCAACUCAAAACGGCAAGCAAGAUUAA